AUAAUCGUUUUAUAAUAGAUCCAAAAAGCGCCCAAUUGGAAACGUUCAGUGCGCUUCUCUUGAAUUCGUAAUAGUUUAUGGCUGUGUGUGUGUGUAUGCUCGUCUGUGACUGUGUGUGUAUGCUUGCCCUAGAUGAUGGCAUCAGUAAGCGCAUGAGGGUUAUCGAUACAAAACAACAACAGCAAUGAAGCUAACAGCAGAAGGCAACGCAAAUGCUUAUCAACAAACAACACGCACACCAAUAAGCUAAUACAAACAAACAGACACACACACACACACUCAUACACAUGCAAUCAGCAGGUUGCGUCUACCGCUGACUGCGUCCCCCUCUGGCUCUUCACGUCCUCCAUAGUCGAGCAGUUCCGUACGUGUUAUGCACAAGCGAAGCACAUGUACAAAUAUACGUACACUGCGUCUUGCCUAAUAUAGAGAGCUGUUAGCUGGGACGCGAUUAAGCACACAUAUAUUUAAUUGAUUUACAAUACAGCAGCCAAGAUGAAGAAAUUAUUAUCACGACGUAUUAGCAGGUUAAGCAGUCUGGAUCACUCCACGCUGGUCGACGACGAGGAGGAGGCUAUUGACUACGAUACACCCAGCAGUUAUCAGAUGACAACAAAUCAGCAAGAGCCGCAGCAACAAUCUCAACAGCCGCCAGCCAAGCCGCUGGCGCCAUAUGCGCUCUUCUUUCGGGACACCAUGACAGCCAUCAAGCAACAGAAUCCUGCCUGCACGCUGGAGCAGAUCACAGCAAUAGCUCUGAAUAUGUGGGAAUCUAUGGAUGAGAAGCAAAAGACUGUUUACGAACAGCGGCAUGACGUGGAAAAGCGUGAAUAUGUGCGACAGCUGCACGAACAUCAGCGCAAUCAGCAGUUGGGCGAGCAGCAGCAGCAGCAACAACAACAGCAACAGUCGUCGCUUUCGCCGGACUCUGUGCCCGAGCAGGAGGAAGCGCCAGAAGCUAAAAACGAGACGGCCGUUGCGCAGCCGCCACCGCCCUCGGAUCAAAUUCAGCUAUUAACCGAGGCAGCAACCGUGCAAAAAUGUACGCGCGAGCAAUGCAAUAAGCCGGCAAUAAUAAAUCCCGAUUGGGAGGAUGAAUAUUGCAGCAAUGAAUGCGUUGUUAUACAUUGUCGCAAUGUGUUUACGGAAUGGGCGCGUUCGCUGCAAAAUUCGCCCACGUAGUUACUAAUCUAAAUAGGUGUACUUGUAGGUAUUAACUAAAACAAACAA